AUGGCGAUCGCCGUCUUCCCCUCGGCAGUGUGGGGCGUGAGCGGCGCAGAUGGCACCAACUGCAGCAGAGACUACAGGAUCUACUGGUCACCAGACUUGGAGAUGACUUCCAUCCUGGGCGACAAGAACAGCGGGCGCUAUCUGCUGGUCACUUCCAAUGCCAGUGUCUUGACAUUCUUCGUUCCGAAGAUCCGGCUGUUGAGUGUUAGCAACGAGCUGCCCCAGAGCAACGAGGUCGUGGUGCACAAGGACUUCACAACAAUUGACGCCAGCACUGCACAGCAGUUCGUGGCUUCCACAGCAGAUUGCUCCGCCAAGGUGUUGCUGGACCCAGCGAGCCCGAUGUACGAGGAAGGUGCGGAGAACCUGCCGAUCUCGCAGUACCUGCAGGCGGCCCUCUACCUGGAGGGCUUCAACUUCUAUGCUGUCGCCUACAUGCCGGAUGUCAAUUCCGUGAUCGAACGGGAGGUCGUGUGCAACGUCUUUCAGCCACCAGCGCCGCCGCCACCGCGGAUGGAGUCGGUCUUUGACAUCGACAAGCCGGGAUUUGGUCGGACGGUCUCGAACGGGCAGGUCUUUGUCCCGGCACUCGUCAAUGGGACAGGAAGUUUCUUGCAUACAGAGCCCCUCGGUGACUACGUCGUGUGUUAUGCCGGGGACGAGCAGGACACCACUCCCAUUUUCAAUCCGAUCGGGCCCAUCUUUCCGUCACUCGAUGUGCUGACGGACCUCUUCGCAUCGGAGACCAACGCGUCUACUUCGCUGGCGGCUUAUCUCAACGUCACCUCGCAGAUUCGCGGGGUAGUCCGCUGCGUUACGCUGCUGACACAGCUGAAUGCGCCUCAGGAGCCUUCGGCCAUCUUCGUCCCCGAUCAGGACUCCUCCAGCUACCUCGGAGCGUCGGAUCUCAUCCAGUUCGACUUGCCGGGAAGCCACCAGAUCAUCGAAAUGAGGCUCCAGCAGAGCAAAGUCGGCUUCAUAGCCCCUGCUUUCCAGUUCCUCGGCGCCCCGCCCUCGCUGUUUGUCUGGUGUGCCCACGAUGGCUCCACUGUGGUCUAUCCUUCCAGCACCACGCCGAUCCGGUUGGAUAUUCAGGCGCGGCAGCCUCCUUCAUUCAUCUACAAGCAGUUCAACGUCUCCAUCACCUCUGUGGACCUCACCCUGCAACUGGAGUUUACGCCCCUGGUGGCGGAGUUCUCUGAGCUGGACUUCCCGAGGAACUAUUACGACCAGGUGGAGUUCCGAGCACGGCCGUCACUUCCAGCUGGGCUGAAUAUCGACGUGGACACCGGUGCCAUCUCGGGAAUUCCCAUUUUGGCUGGAAACUUCCAACGGUCGAUCGUCGCCAUCGCGCGAAAUCCGUUAAAAGGUCGCGGAAGUGGCACCACAAUCAACAAGUUACUCGCGGAAUAUGGAAUAUUGGAGCUUCUCACCCCAAGCACCUGGACCUUGAAAGCCCUACAGUGUUUGGACAAGCUUCGAGAAGACUUCAAGCAAAGGCCGGCUGGUGUCAUCUGUGGGUGCAGCGCAGAUAUCAUUCCAGCACCGAGGAAUGCUAUCAAGCUGAUGCGCCGCCACGCCAAGCGGCUGCAAAAACUUACAGACUUUUUGUCCUCUCGUGCACCAAAGUUUCGUGCCGGAGCCUGUCCAGAGUUGCCGAAGCCAGGCGACCUGGGCCUAGAUUACGGCGGUCUCUACGCCCACCAAGGACGCUUCGAAGCCGACGAGAGAGCGUAUUGGCACCAGUCGAGACUUGUUGAUAAGUUCCUGGAGAAGCAUCUGUGGACAUACGUCGGAGUAUGCCAUCCCAGUUUGGUAGAUCGCUUGCACCGCUUCGACAUGCCUCUGCCCCAGGAAACCUUCCUGUACAGCCCAUCAGAGCUGCUGACUGCCAAGCGCUAUGCCGCCAAAGGUGUGGUUCGCGCAAAGUGGGGUUCUGACAGCGGCUCUCGUCUGACCAGCGCUGGGAAGACGGAACUGAGAGCGUCCUUCGACUUCCGCGAAUGCCUCCGCGACGUCCUUCUGACGAGGCUGCACAACGUAAUGGAGACCACUCGCGCUGAGGAGGUCAAUCACAUCCUACAAGCCGCAGACAUCAUGCACUACGAGUUCGAGACCUUGAACCUCUUCCUGGAGAGGCUCGAGGCGUUCCGCGCCCCGGGCUUCUUCCUGGACGUAGCCUCCCAGUGCGUCGCUGAGGCGUCCCGGGCGAUCAAAUCUGCCCCUGGAGUACUCAAGGCUGUGUCUGGCGAGCUCAUCGUGGGGUACUGCCUGACCGCAUUUUUCCAUGUCUUCCUGGGUCGGCCCUUGAUCGGCGAGAUCGCUCAAGUGGAAGAGCCGACCUACCAACUCGUUUACAAAAUCGUUGGCCAGUUCGUCAUUCGCCGCCUCGGCUUGCCGUACGUCUACGCCUGCUUGCAGGGGGAGGAUCCAGACUCCCAUCAACUGUACUACGGCUUCUGGACGUCAUCAGACGGCAUUGACCUUCGACUGCGCUAUGUUGAAACAUGGCAGAUCGGACGCUUACGAGCAGAGUUCAAAAUGGUGCAGGCCUAUCAGAAAAUUGAGAACCUGCUGAUGCGCUUCGGGGUUCAGGAGGAUUUGUUGAACAAGUACCAGCAGUUCCUGUCGGUUGCCGGCCGAGAGAAGGCUGCAAUUAUCGAGUCGGAGUUCUACAAGAUCGUGUUCGACCUCAGCGUCGUGGAUCCCAACCGUGCCACGCUGGUGCAGCGAAUGAAGGCUCUGUGGUUCCUGUUUCAGGACCUCUUUGAGAGAGGAGGUCACAGGAACAUCAACCUCAUGUCCUUGGCGCUCCUCAACCCGCUUGAGUUCCACAAGGAGCAGAGCCAGCGCAACUUUGGCAGAGCUAAGGAGAGGCAGAGGAACUACAACAGAAGUUUGCGAACCAUGACAGGUAUCUAA